AUGAAGAUUCGAGCCGUCGCGGCGCUCGGGGCGGAGAUAUCGUCGAUCGAGACGAUCGAUGAGGAGCGACGGGACCCGGGCGAGGGGGACGUCGCGUUCGACUUGGAUUACUGCGGUAUCUGUCACUCGGAUUUGCACUUUUUGAAGAAUGAUUUGAUGAACACGACGUAUCCGUUGACCCCAGGGCACGAACUCAUCGGUACCGUGACGUCGGUGGGGACGGGGGUGAAGGGCUUCGCGGUGGGAGAUAAAAUCGGCGUCGGGUGCAUGGUUGACUCGUGUUUGUCUUGUAAAAACUGCCAGAUGGACGAAGAGCAGUACUGCGAUAAGGGUGCGACGUUCACGUACGGCUCUAUGCCGGUGCACGGUCGCGCUGGUCCGGAGGGUAAACCGACCGUCGGUGGAUACUGUACGAAGAUGGUCGUGAAUGAGCGCUUCGCGAUUAAGAUUCCGGCGUCGGCGCACGACAAGCUCGCCAAGGCGGCGCCGUUGAUGUGUGCCGGCAUCACUCUCUACGACCCGAUCAAGGCGUUCGGGGUGACCAAGGGCACGCGCGUCGGCAUCGCAGGCGUCGGCGGUCUCGGAAUGAUGGGUAUCGAGAUCGCCGCCGCGAUGGGAGCGGAGGUCACCGCCAUCUCGCGCUCGCGAUCCAAAGAGGAGAGGGCAAAGGCGCUCGGCGCGAAGAACUUCGUCGCCAUGAACGACGAAGAAUCUUUGAACGCCGCCGCUGGAUCUCUCGACAUCAUCCUCGACACCGUCUCCGCGUGUCACGACAGUGAGCCGUACGCCAAGCUCCUCGAUAAGCGAGGCACAUUGGUUUUGUUGGGACUCCAGGUGACGCCCGUCGCCGUCGGCGCGCCGCACUUUGUGUUCACCCGUAAAUCCGUCACGGGCAGUCUCAUCGGUGGUAUCAAAAACACGCAAGAGAUGAUCGAUUUCUGCUGCGAGAAGAACAUUUACCCAGAGAUCGAAGUCAUCGAUGCGUCAAAGAUUGGCGACGCUCUUCAAAAGUUGGAGGAUGGCAACGACGCGGGCGUUCGCUACGUCAUCGACUGCAAAACGAUUCAAUAA